UCGCCGAGGCAGAGUGAGAGCGCGCGAGAAAUUUUAGUUGAGAAGCUUCACGGCGUUCUCCGUUCAGCAGGAAAAGGGGCGAAGGCUUGAAACGCUAGGGUUUGGAGGAAGUGCGAAAGUUCUACAUGAUUUGAAUUCGAUUAGGGUUUGGAGGAAGUGCGAAAGUUCUACAUGUUUUGAAUUCGAUUAGGGUUUGGAGGAAGUGAGGAAGUUCUGCAAGUUUUGAAUUCGAUUAGGGUUUGGAGGAAGUGCGAAAGUUCUACAGGUUUUGAAUUCGAUUAGGGUUUGGAGGAAGUGCGAAAGUUCUACAAGUUUUAAAUUCAAUUAGGGUUUGGCAACGUAUCAGUCUUUUAAGAAUUUACCUUCUGUUUUUUUUUUUUUUCCCCACUGGGCAUCAAGAUCAUCCAAAAGUUCUGUCCAGGUUAGCCUCUUCUUAAAUUUUCACUUUUGUUCUCGAAGAAUUACGUAUUACGCGAUGAUUGUAUUUUGAAUUUGGUUUAUUUCGCGAUACAUGCCAAAACUUUGGCGUUAAUAUGAACAACUCUGAGAUGCAAAGUUAAUCAGAUAGUGGAGCUAAUCGAUGCCACGGCAAUGGCAGUCCAGGUGUUGAUGAAGGAGCUAAUCGAUGAGGCGUCGGUGAUUUUGUGGGACAUGAGCAAGCCAAUUGUCAUGCCACCGCAUUGGAACGACGUGGUUUGGACAAGCAGAAUGCAGCCUUUGGCAGAGUCGGAGGAUGCGAUGGAGAAAGAGAGGAAUUGGUUGAGUGAGUCGACGUUGAGUUGAUUGAGGACGUCGGAGAGAAGGCAGUUGACUUGGGCUUCCACAUAGAUGGCUCCCUCGUCGUUGCAAUGGAUUGAAAUAUUAUUGCCUUGAACUCGGCCAGCGAAUGGAUAGAUUGGGCUAAUGCCUUGGAUAAGGAAGCUUUCAGGCGGUGGGACUUGGAUGUUUGAUUGUCAUCGCUGCCUGGAGCGUAGAAAAGAAGGACGGGUACAUAAACAGGCAGAGCUAGCUGAUCUAAGAAGGAGAAUUUCAGAUGUUUUUGGGUUUCCGGCGUUGGAGAGGAAGGUCUAAUCUUUUCCUCGCUAAUGAUCUUCACGCUCACUGCCAUCUCUCCUAGCUGCACUAUCUGAUUAACUUCGCAUCUCAGAGUUGUUCAUAUUAAAGCCAAAGUUUUGGCAUGUAUCACGUGUGUGGUUGUAUUGUAUUGAUUGAUUUCGAAGUAUGGCUAAAGAACAGGAGUUUUGAAUUUAUAGACUCGUCUAUUUGGUAGGAUUGUGCACGGACUACAUCUGACUAGAUAUUUGAUUAAUUCAGGAGCUAGUCUAUUUUCAAAUAGAUAUUAUGAGUUUUUGAUAAGUAACAUUUCUAUCUAUCUCAUCGAAGUGGUGCUCUAUAUUGGGGAAGACAUACAACUCAGACACAUAGUCAAUAGUUAAAUAUCAUUAUUACACUGGGAGGUUUUUUCUCGACUACAAAUUCACGUGCUCAUGAUUUCUGAUUUUUUUGGUUCUGUUGGAUUUGAGAACAUUACAAUGUACGUGGGCGAGGGAGUUCGACCGGAUGACCUCUUAAAAGAUUGAUUUAAUUGUUGGGCCAUGCCCCACGUUGGAACUUUUGUUACAUUUAAUGUUGGUACGAGGUUUAACAAAUGUACUCAAAGCUCUUUUAUGGGAACAUUGAUCUAAGGAAUCUAUGAACCAUCGUAGGGCCAAGGUUGGCCUAGUGGUCACACGGGCAAAAUAAGAUGGAAUGAGUUCAAUCUAUGGUGGCCACCUACCUAGGAUUUAAUAUCCUAUGAGUUUUCAUGUCAACCAAAUGUAGUUAGGUAGACAAUUGUUUGGUGAAAUCUGUCGAGGUGCACACAAACUAACUCGGACAAGGAAUUUAUAAUUACAGAGGAAGGAUGGAUUUGGAGUCAGGCUCAGGGGGAUCUGUUUCUGCUACAGCCAUCGAUUCGUCGAACAUAGGGUUUCAGCUUUUGAAGAAGCAUGGUUGGAGGGAAGGAACAGGCCUUGGAAUUUCUGAGCAGGGUAGGUUGGAACCUGUACAGACAUCUGUAAAGAAUAAUAAACGUGGCCUGGGAGCAGAUAAAGUGAAGAAGAAGCUUAAAGAAACUACUGAUAUUGCAGCCUCUGAUACGAAAAACCAGGAACGUCCUCCGUCGAAGAAACCGAAGGCGAUGUCGAAAAAGAUGAGGAAGAUGCUCGAGGAAGAAAGGUUAUUUCGAGAGAAGGAAUUCGAGAGGGCAUUUUUCAGGGAAUUUUGGCCAGAUAAUGUGUGAUGUUAUACAUGAACUAGCACUUCCCAAAUCAUCAUGUAAGCAAAUUCAAUUUCUUUGCCAAAAAUCUUGUUUUAAUUAGGGUUUAUAGCAGUUAGCAUUCACCAUGUAGUCUGUAGUUUGUAAAUGUUUAUGAUUGUUGAAUUUAAUUUUAUAAUUAUCAUAA